ACGUCCGCAAUCGCAAACUGGCUUUAGCUACUAUAAGGUUUUGGCGUUUUUUCUGUUUUGUUUAGGCAGCAGCACUGCAGCAGCGCUACCACAGUUUGCACGCUAUCAACGACUUUUGCAAGUGAGCAAAUGUGCAAGUCGCCAAUUAAAUCGAGCCCGAUCCUCCGAUGUUCAAGACUCGUAGAAGAAGAAAAAAAUAACACCUAGGAGUUAGCGAUUGAUGUGUCUCUCAGUGUCAGUGUCCCCGCGUUUCGUGCCGUUUGUAUACAUACGAGCGGGUCCUCGCGAGCCCCGUUCCAUAUUCCGCUCCGAUUGGCCCCCGCACGUCGGCUCAGCGUCUCUCGGCUGGUGAUUACUGAUUUUGCGAGUUGGGGAGGCGAGGGGCUCGCCCGCAGGAAGCUCCCGAGUGCGGUCGGCCUGCCGAGGCGCGUUCUAGCUCCUGGCGAGAAAUGUAAAAAUGGCGUCGUCCCAGGAUGCUUGGUAUCUGUCGCUGUUGGGUCUGGCCGAGAACUUUCGCACCUCGAGCCCGCCCAGCAUCAAGUCCUGCAUACAGUGCCUCCAGGCGGUUUUCAACUUCAAGCCGCCGCCCCGGGUCGAGGCCCGCACCCAUCUCCAGCUGGGUAACAUCCUCCUCACCCACACCAAAAACAUAGAUCUGGCCCGAACGCAUCUCGAGCGCGCGUGGCAGCUAAGUCAGACCAUCAAUACCUUCGACGACGUCAAAUUUGAGGCGGCCAGCGUGCUGGCCGAGCUUUAUGAACAACAGCAACAGUCCAGUUUGAGUCAGUCCAUCCUGCGUAAAGCCAUCGAACUCUCUCAGCACAAUGUUUAUUGGCAUUGUAGGCUUAUAUUCCAGCUCGCCCAAAUACACGCAUCAGAGAAGGACUUGAAUGCAGCUGGUGGAUUGUUGGCCGUCGGCGCCGACUAUUCACAAAUAAGCAAUGCAAAUUACACAAGGGUUUUGUUUCUGCUCAGUCGGUGUAUGCUGCUGCUGAUCGAUAAAAAAUUUGCAGAAGUUUCGCCUUUGCUUAAUUCGACCGGGCAUCAAGUGGAAAAUUGGCAAGGGAAUCCGCAUCAGAAGGAAUAUUUGAAAGUGUACUUCUUAGUGCUUCAAGUUUGUCAUUAUCUGAUGUCUGGACAAGUCAAAAGUGUAAAACCAUGCUUAAAGCAAUUGCAGCAAAGUAUACAGGCCAUAAUGGCUCCGUCGUGGCCAUCAGAUGAAAUUGUCACCGGCCCCCACAUAGGUGAUAUGUUCAUAUGGAUGCCCAAAGAGCAUUUAUUUGUUCUCGUUUACUUGGUAACCGUUAUGCAUUCUAUGCAGUCGGGUUACAUGGAUAAAGCUCAAAAAUAUACGGACAAAGCACUUGCCCAAAUAGAGAAUUUAAAACUCAUCGACAAUAAACCAAUUCUCUCUGUUUUUCAAUUGAUGUUAUUGGAACAUAUAGUCAUGUGUCGACUCGUUAUGGGAAAUAAAAGUGCGGCUCUUUCCGAAAUUUCUCAAGCUUGCCAAUUGUGUAGGCAUCAGCCCAAACUUUUACAAAGUCACAGAGCACAAUUACAUACGUUACUUGGUUUGUAUGCGAUGUCUAUGAAUUGCAUGGAAGCAGCAGAGGCUCAAUUAAUCUCGGCGUUAAACAAGUCGCAAGAAAAAGAAUUGGUCACGUUUGCGAAUUUAAAUUUGGCAAUAGUUUAUCUUAGGACAAGGAGAGAUGCUGAAUUAGGAACGCUUUUGGAAAGGAUAAAUCCAGAAUCAUUGCCAUCUCUUUCGCAUUCCUUGAGAGCAGCAGCGUAUUACGUACAGGGCCUUCAAGCUUUCUUUGGAGCAAGAUAUAAUGAAGCCAAGAGGUAUCUUCGGGAGACAUUAAAAAUGGCGAAUUCGGAAGAUCUAAAUCGAUUAACAUCGUGUAGCCUAGUGCUUCUUGGUCAUAUAUUUUUAUCAUUAGGCAAUCAUAGAGAAUCUAUGAAUAUGGUGACACCUGCUAUGCAGUUGGCUUCCAAAAUACCCGAUGUUCAUGUACAGUUAUGGGCGACAGCAAUUUUAAAAGAUUUGAAUAGAAUCUGCGGCGAUCACAAUCGUGAAAGUGAAGCAUAUCAAAUGCAUUGUACAUUUUCUCAAACAUUACUUAAAGACCACUUUCAAAGUACUCAAAUGAGCGAACAUUCUCUAAUUCAAUGGACUGAAGGCCCAGUACCCAUAUUACCAAAUAGUUCGCCUGCUUCGACAUCGCAGGCAAUCUUAUAGUGUACAGAUACAGAUUCAUUAUCUUGUAAAUUUAUUAAGGAUACUGUUUUCUAAAAGAAUUUAUUUGUAAAUAACAAAAGUGUCAAGACUUAGCUUGUUAUAACUGAAUAUGUAACAUUAUUCUUGAAGCAAUUGUUAGAUUAAUCAGUAAAAAUUUUGGUAAAUAGUAUCCACAUAUUUUUAAAAUCUUAUUUUAUUUUUGAAAUAAUUAGAAUGAAUUUAGAAUGGAAUACUGUCAAGAGAAAAAGAGAAAAUAAUUUUUUCUUUAACUUUCUUACUAGUAUAAAAUAAAUUAUAAAUUUCAAAGGCUUCAUUAGAGCGCACGAAUGCGUAACUAAAUAACUAAAUGCACACCCACACACGCGCGCGCGCACGCACACAUACAUACAUAUAUGUACGUAUGUGCGUGCGACUGUGUUUAUGCAGUGGGG